GAAGUUAAUUAGUUACUGGUUAUAAUUUUCACUUUUUUUUCAAACUAUCAUCUAUAUUUACUUCCUAAAAUAUUUUAAUUUUCUUUAUUAUUAAUGGAUAGACAUAAAGAGAAUUUGAAAAGUAAUAUUUUAAAUAACAAUGAAAGUGAAAUAAAAGAAUUAUUAGAAAAUGGAUUCGAUCCUAACUUUGAAAAUGGUUGGCCUGUAAGACUAGCAGCUCGGUGUGGACUUUUUUCCAUUGUUAAAUUAUUCAUUCAAUAUGGGGCUAAUCCACAUUCAUUAAACGAAGCUGGUGCAUCGACUUUGCAGCUUGCAGUUUUUUCUGGAUUACACUGGGACACCGAUGAGUGGACAUACUUAUUGUCGUGUUGUGACUCAUCUCAGCUGGCUGAUGGCGCUGCCGUUGCUAUUAUUUUUAACAAUAUAGCAGCUUUAAGGAAAAUUCUAUGCACUGGAAGAUGUAACACAAAUAUACCAACUACUUUGACAGGUAAAACAGUGGAGGAUUUAGCAAAAGGAUAUAAAAUGCAAUACAUUUUAAACUUUCCCGUAGUUCAGAAUAGCCUUCAAGUGUCAUCGCGACCAUCUCCUCGUAUGCCUAGAUCGGAUGUUAGAAAUUCAGAAAUUCGACAACAAGGCAAUAGAAAUUUGUCACCUUCGGUUGCGCGAUUCUUUGAUCUAACAGCCGGCCAGUCAGCUCUAAGUCCACCACAUAGCCCAUUAGGAUCGAUAUUUCCAUCGACAGCUCAACAACUGUGAUGUACUGCAUUUUAUAUUAAAAUUUAGACUUUUUAUCAUUUUAUAAAUUGACAUGUAUUGUACCUACCUCUUAUAUAAAUAGCAAAAUAAUUUUAAUUUAGUCGAUUAUGUACAAUUUAAACCAAAAUGCUAAAAGCGAUAAUUUGUAAAUGAUAUAGUAAUAUGUUAUGGAGCAAUAUGUAUGGCGUUAUUUAUUAUAUAAGAUUUGGUACUCUUGGCACAAUAUUUUUUUACUUAUGACGUACUUAUGCAUUUUAUUGUAAUAAUGAAUUUUUGUACAAUGACCCAAAACAUUUUUGAGAAAACGACUUAGAAUAAAUAUCUCUCAAAAUGAAGAACAUGUGUAACAAUAUAAUAUCCUAUUUUGUAAUGUAAUAUAUAAAUUAUAUGUUAACGUUGACUUCUUUCAUAAACAAUUAUUUUACAAUUAAUAAAAUCUUUUACCUUAUUAAUACAUAUUUCA